GAAAACUGAGGAAGCCUCCUUUCUGGGGGAGGUGAUCAUGUCUGAUAGGAAAAUAUGAGCUCACAUUGGUAAAGCCAAUAAAGAUCCUGCUUAGGGAAGGAGCUGCAGACCUUGCAAAACUCACCAAGACCAGCCUGAAUUCAGGAGCCCCGCCUCCGCCUGCGUCGUCAUGGCAACAUUUCUGCACAUGCGCCUUGCAGAUAUCGUCUUGGCCUGGCGGAAGCAGGCUCUGCCGGCUGGACAGAAACGAAGGGCGGUCUUUUAAAAGGAUCGUCACCCUGCUGGCGGGGGACUGUGUAGGUUUGGGGGUCCCAGGAGUCGGAAUUGAGGGAGUAGAGGCGAAGCGGGGCUUGGAGGGAGUUAGGGCAGAGGGGGCUUGUGGAAAUACCUUCCCAGGUCAAGGAUGGGCUAGUUCUCUAGAGAGUAAUGUGGAAGAAUGUAGAUGGAGAUCCAGGUUCCAAAGGAGAGCCAGAGAGAGAUUAAGGACCACGGGAUCGCCUUGGGAUGAUGGUUGCACCUCUCUCCACUCCUACACCCAGAAUUCGGACACAUUUUUACCUCACUGGCGUGCUCAACCAUGGCCAGACCUCCCAUGCACGGUUCGGUGAUUGUCCCAGACUGGCAUGAGACGGUCGAGGGCAAGGAAUACUCAGCCUGCAUCCUGCGCAAGAAUCGCCGGAGGGAGUUUGGGUUGCUUGAACGCCCAGUGCUGCCCCCUUCUGUGGUCAUUGAUACCGCCAGCUACAAGAUCUUUGUAUCCGGGAAGAGUGGUGUGGGCAAGACAGCACUGGUGGCAAAGCUGGCGGGCCUGGAAGUUCCUGUAGUACACCAUGAGACCACUGGUAUUCAGACCACUGUGGUGUUUUGGCCAGCCAAGCUGAAGGCCAGCGACCGUGUAGUCAUGUUCCGUUUUGAAUUCUGGGACUGUGGCGAGUCCGCCCUCAAGAAGUUUGAUCACAUGCUGCCGGCUUGUAAAGAGAAUGCGGAUGCCUUCCUCUUCCUCUUUUCUUUCACGGAUCGAGCCUCCUUCGAAGACCUUCCAGGACAGUUGACACGUGUAGCCGGUGAAGCUCCCAGGGUUGUCAAAAUCGUUAUUGGCUCCAAGUUUGACCAGUACAUGCACACAGAUGUGCCAGAGCGGGACCUCACGGCCUUCCUGCAGGCCUGGGAGCUGCCCUUGUUUCGGGUGAAGAGCGUGCCAGGGCGGCGGCUGGCAGACGGGCGAACACUGGAUGGGCGGGCUGGGCUGGCUGACACAGCCCAUGUGCUCAAUGGCCUUGCAGAACAGUUGUGGCACCAGGACCAGGUGGCAGCCGGCCUGCUCCCCAGCUCCCCAGACAAUGCUCCUGGUUGAAGGUUGACAGCAACCUGAAUAGAGACUGGUACUGGCGAUCCCCACUUCUAUCUGAGGACUGGCUGGGGAGGGCUGUCACGUGACAGUAAGAUGGGGCAUGAGGCUCCAGAGUUAAAAGGUCUCCUAGCUCCCCCUGUCCUUUACCCUUCUGCAGCACCCACAGAAUGGUGGCGGGGGGGGGGGGUGCUCAGAUAAACCCUGUUGUAAGUUUAAUAUUUUUAAAUCCUAUUUUUGAUGAUGGUUCUUAUGUGCUUUAACCUCCUUUGUAGCCCACCACCCACCAGAGGCAGUGGAAAAGAAAGGACCUGAGGAAAUGUAUCUGUUUAGAAAGGUUCUUUGGAGCAACCCCCACCCCGGUCUGUGUUGUCUGGAGAUCAGCAGUUCAGUUCGCAGGAAAGCAGCGGCCGCUCCAUCCACUCGCAAACACUUCACAGAUACACCACAGUCCGGUUCGGUAGAGUUCGGUUAGCAUACAGGAAUCAGCAGGGGUGGCGCUACGUAGCAGAGACAGCCAGGCUGGGGUCUCCAGGAGGGACCUGGGGGACACCAGAAGUUCUUGGCUGUGCCUCUCUCAGGGAAGUGAAGAUCACUGAAGACAAGACCCACGAGCGUUGCCCAGCUAGCUGUACCAGCAAGCCAAGCGCUAUCACUUCAUGGAGUCCUAUUUAUACCCUCCAAACAUCACGUGUCCUCCAUGUGCCUGGUCAGCACCGCUCUUGCUUCAGCUUGUGUCUAUGGAAGUGGCAAAAAACGGUAGCACGCCACCAGAAGUUUCUUGGUGCAUUUCUCUCUGUGGAGUCCUGACAGAUGGCGCUCAACUACAUGAUGUAAGGCGGACCAAUACAUGUGUGUUGUGAGCAAUGAAUCCUUCAUCACGUGUCCCUUCACGUGCUUGCUUUAGCAGAACAUCCUCUCUCCUGUGUCUGCUUCAGCUAAAUGUUCCUUUAGAGUCUGCCGUAGCCUUUCACCUGCGUCCACUUCAGGAAAACACUCCUUCACGUGUUCACCCCAGCAAAACACCAUCCGACACAACUGAACCUCCAAAGAACCCUUAAGUUUUCACUUUGUACCCCCUUUCUGUUUAAGAAUUGUUUUAUCUCUAACAUUAACAAUCUAUAUGGAAAGAAAUAAUUAUAAGAACAUCACAUUUUCAAUAAAUGGCUUAUGUAUAAUAGUCAAAAAAUCAUCUAACAAAACAACCUUAAAUUUCU